UUUAUAUACCAUAUAUUUCUCAAGAACAAAUACAAGCAACUUAAUAUUAAAAGUAUAAAAUUUUCUACUAUGUCUAACACAUUUGAAGAUUUCAGAAGUAAUUUUGCCGAAACCGAAUGGCAAUUUUGGUGUAGACUCUGUGCUAAAGACGAUGUACGAAAUAUCAAUAUAUAUGCAGAGCAAAAACAAACUCCAGUUGACACAAACGAACUUGUAGAUUUCAUAGCGGAGUUUUUUAAAAUUCAUAUACGGCAAAAUGAAAAUUUACCACAUUGGCUUUGUGCACAAUGCUUUUCAUCGGUUUCGACCUUGUCGAAAUUCACAAAUCAAGUGAACAGAGUACAGAGUAUGUACCACGAAAUUCAAAAUUCUGGUCACAGAAAAGCUGAAGAUUUUCGGGUUAUCCGAGAAAAAUAUAAACUACUUGGGUAUGAGUUAUAUUUGUUGAACAUAUCGGAUACCAAACCAUCUAUUGAAAAUAUUUUUGUUGCUGAUGCACCCGAAAUAAUUGAACAUAAAUCAUUGGAUAGUAUUAUAAAAAGUGAAGUAAUAACGGACGAGUUACAGAGUGGUAUAUUUCUUAAAGACAUCGAAUUUAAUAGUGAAUUCCAGGAUCCCAUUGGUGAUGCAGUUGAAAAUCUUUCUAAUGAAGUAGGUAGUAGUGAACGCCUAAGUAAAUAUAAUAGUGAAUUCCAAGAUCCCAUUGGCGCAGUUGAGAAUCAUACUAACAAAGUAGAUAGUACUGAAUUUCCAAGUAAUAGCAUAAAAGACAAUAACUCAGAAGUUACUAGCAAAGUAUAUAGCAAAAUCCAUCGUCUGAAAAAGCGUAAAAGUUCUUCGGAUGAGGAAUCGAAUGUAAACAAACACUUUUGUAACGAUUGCACACUCCAUUUCAAAAAAAGUAGCAAUUAUCUUAUACAUAUGAGGAAAAAACAUGGUGUUGAAACACUACCUAGCAUCAUUUCUUGUCCACAAUGUUCCAGAACUUUCAAAUCUAAAUUCAAUUUAAAACGACACCUUAAGAUACAUCGACCUGUAGCAGAGAAGAAAAUAUAUCCAUGUCCACAAUGUGACCGAAAAUUCCAAACGAAAGAAUAUGUAUUUCGUCAUAUUAAGUUUGUGCAUGAAGAAAUUCGCCCGUUCAUUUGCGAAGAAUGUGGUGAAGGUACGCACACCGAAACUACACUGCGGGAGCACAUGCUUAAACAUACGGACUAUGCCCCUUUUGAAUGUGAGAUUUGUAAGAAAGGAUUUAAAACUCAAGCACGUUUGAAGAAUCAUAUGGAAAUGCACAGCGAUCAUAAACAUAUAUGCAGCGAAUGUGGUUUAGAAUUGAAUUCGCGUGUAACCUUGAAUCGUCAUAUGCUUGUGCAUUCUGAUGAGAUGCGUCAUAAGUGCGAUUAUUGUGGGCGCGAAUUCAAACGAGCGAAAACUUUAAAAACUCACUUAUUACUUCAUAGUGGUUUAAAGCCAUAUUCAUGUGACUUCUGUGACAAAACGUUUGCACAUGGCUCAAAUUGUCGCACUCACAAAAGAAAGUUUCAUCCCGAAGAAUUUGCGGCCUUAGAGGCUUCCGGAGAAAAGAAGUUCACUAAAAAUAUCCCUAAAUUAGCGGUUUUAAAAACAGUUACCCGCACAGCUGAGAAUCUUCUGCCCGUGGUAUGUAAACAAAGUGGAAACUUUUCUUCCGGCAAAAAACCGAACCUUCAAUCAGUUGUAAAGGAGAAACACAACACCGUUCCUACGACAGUCGGGUCUAAGUAAACGGAGCGGGCCCGGAUUUUUAUCCAAUGUUGUCAAUUCGGCGCCAUUCCUCGAAAUUACUUCAGGAAUGUUUUCUGCCGCUUCAACAACAACAACGAAACAUAAAAAUAUGCAGGGAAUAAUAAAUAAGUGUGUGCGGUAUUUCCUUGUUCAACAUUAACAAACUUUGUGAGUAUUAAUGUCCUUACUUUUUCAAAGCUGUGAUUGUGCUCAAGUGAUUACUCUUGGCCGGCGACCUGAUGAUGACUAAAUAACAGACAAUAUAAUACCAAGAAUUGAUAACUGGGUCAAUGGGUAUACACAUGCAACCUACAUUCACUUAUGUCUAUGAUGAUUGAUACAUAUUAAUGGCUACUAUAUUUCUAGUUUACGUGUUUAAAACUAAGUCUUAAUUUUUAAUGACUAAAACGUCUGCUGUUAUUGUAAAUGUAUAAAAAGAAGCCACUUUAUACAACGGAUUGAAAUGCUCUUUUUAAAGCCUCACUUAAGCAUACCAAAAUUGUCAGUAUGUAUUGAAAUAUAUUUAUAGGAGAAUCAGACAUAAUUACAUAUGUACAUACAUAUGCCUGAUCGUAGUGAUAAGUCAUAGUCUUAAAUUAUUUCACUAAGUUAAUAUUUUUUAUUGCAAUAUAUUAUAAUAAAUGUUAAUCAGGAGUAUGUUUGUUUUUAUCAAAAACUUUUGAAAGUCAUUUGUUGCGUUUCCUAGAUUUAAUUAUGAUUUCAAGUUAUUCAUAAAUGGCUACAUAUGUAUGUGUACUUGUCUGAAACAUGAUGAUAACGAGUGGCCUUGAACUUAUAUAAAUGGAAAGUAACUAGCAGCCAUACGCUCGCACGGCACACUUUAUCUGUAUGUGCGUGAUAAGAGAAAAAGAUCUGCUCUAUUCUUAAAUUUAAUACGGCAGUUAAUAGUUUUUGUUCAAAAUCUUUAGUUAUUGCCAUAAAAAAUAAAUUUUAAAUCCUA